UUACGAAGAAAAUGGUCAUUCCAUUUGCGUCAUCCUUGCGGUAUUCAUAUUCGCGCGUGCUGUCGUCGGCCGUACAUUCUGCCCAGGCAUUCCCAGUAAGCUCAGCAUUGACCCUCUCGCGCCGCCGGCUUCCGGACGCCCGCUUCCCUACGACAGCAGAGAUGAGCACUGCGGCGGACAGCGGCAGCUCCUGCCGCCCGGCUCCUCCGGUGGCGAAGAAGGUGGAACACCGCAUGGAGCUGUUCGGCGACGUGAGGACCGACAACUACUACUGGCUCCGCGAUGACUCCCGCUCCGAUCCCGAGGUCCUCGCCUAUCUCCGCCAGGAGAACGAGUACAGCGAAUCCGUCAUGUCCGGAACCAAACAAUUUGAAGAUCAGCUAUUUGCUGAGAUAAGAGGAAGAGUCAAGGAAGACGAUAUAUCUGCACCAGUUCGCAGAGGGCCUUACUACUAUUAUAAAAGAACACUGACUGGGAAGGAAUAUGUUCAGCAUUGUAGGCGUCUUGUCCCCAAUGCUGAGGCGUCUCCUACUGUUUAUGAUGACAUGCCGACUGGACCUGAGGCUUCUCCAGAGCAUGUGAUAUUGGAUGAGAAUGUUAAGGCUCAAGAACAUUCGUUCUAUCAAAUUGGUGCUUUUAAGGUUAGUCCAAACAACAACUUGGUGGCAUAUGCAGAAGACACAAAAGGAGAUGAGAUUUACACCGUACAUGUAAUUGAUGUAGAGACAGGAACUCCCAUAGGAAAGCCUUUAGCAAAUGUGACAUCAGAUCUUGAAUGGGCUGGUGAUAAAACCUUAGUCUACACAACAAUUGAUGAGAUCCAUAGGCCAUACAAGGUUUGGUUGCAUAAGUUGGGAACUGAUCAAUCCAGUGACACCUGCCUUUACCACGAGAAGGAUGAUACGUUUUCUCUUGAGCUUCAUGCUUCAGAGAGCAAACAAUUUUUAUUUGUUUCUUCUGAGAGCAAAACCACUACAGUAGCUUUGUACCUUAAUGUUUCUAAGCCAGAAGAGGGGCUUAAGAUUCUUAUGCCUCGUGUAGAUGGUGUUGAUUUAUCAUUCAGCCAUCGAGGAAAUCAUUUUUUUAUCCGGAGGAGAACUGAUGAAUUUUUCAACUCAGAACUCCUAGCCUGCCCAGUUGAGAAUCUCUCUGAAACAAUUCUUCUUAUUUCACACAGGAAAAGUGUCAAAAUUCAGGACCUGCAGCUUUUCAGAGAUCAUCUGGUUGUAUAUGAACGCGAAAAUGGUCUCCAGAAGGUCACUGUAUAUGACCUGCCAGCAGUUGGUGAACCACUGAAAGGCCUUGGAAGUGGCCGUUGUGUUGAAUUUAUUGAUCCUGUGUACAGCGUAGAUCAAUUGGAAUCUCAAUUUUCGUCUACCGUACUAAGGUUUUCUUAUAGCUCAUUGAAGACGCCCCCCUCUGUUUAUGCUUAUGACAUGAAGAGAGGUGUCUCUGUCCUGAAGAAGGUUGAAAUGGUUUUGGGAGGUUUUGACUCAUCAAAUUACAUUACUGAGAGAAAAUGGGCUACUGCUCCAGAUGGCACACCAAUUCCCUUAUCAAUUGUCUACCGCAGGAAUCUUGUGAAGCUCGAUGGUUCUGAUCCAUUAUUGCUAUAUGGCUAUGGUUCAUAUGAGAUUUGCAUAGAUCCAUAUUUCAAGGGUCCAAGAUUGUCAUUGCUGGAUCGGGGAUUUAUCUUUGCAAUAGCUCACAUUCGUGGGGGUGGAGAAAUGGGAAGGCCUUGGUAUGAGAACGGGAAGUUCUUGAAGAAGAAAAAUACAUUUACAGAUUUCAUUUCAUGUGCUGAGUACCUGAUAGAAAACAAGUAUUGCACAAACGAGAAGUUAUGCAUAGAUGGAAGAAGUGCUGGUGGCCUGCUAAUUGGCGCAGUUCUUAACAUGCGGCCAGACUUGUUCAAGGCUGCUAUUGCUGGCGUACCUUUUGUGGAUGUUCUCACUACAAUGCUCGACCCGACUAUCCCGCUUACUACCUCAGAGUGGGAGGAAUGGGGUGAUCCUCGGAAAGAGGAGUUCUACUUCUAUAUGAAGUCAUACUCUCCAGUGGACAAUGUGAAGGCUCAAAACUAUCCGCACAUUCUUGUUAUGGCUGGUUUGCAUGAUCCACGUGUUAUGUACUCGGAACCUGCUAAAUUUGUGGCGAAACUGAGGGAAUUGAAGACGGAUGACAAUAUGCUAGUGUUCAAGUGCGAAUUUGGUGCAGGACAUUUCUCAAACUCCGGAAGAUUUGAGAGGCUUCGAGAAGACGCCUUUGUAUACGCAUUUCUGCUCAAAGCGUUGGAUAUGAUUCCUGCUCCCGAAUCUCAAACCAGUUAAUGAAGGAACUUCUACACAGAUUGAUCACCUGACGGAGGUGGCUGAUUUUGGUCUCCGUAUGACUCGAAGAGAAGGCUCAAGUUUAGUGUGGUGCUGUGGCUGGGAGAAGGAAAGCACGGCCGUGCUUGUAACCUGAUAUUGUGGACGCUCUUCUUAGCAGAGGAAUAAACGGCCUCCGGCAUCGGCUUAUGGUGGGCAAAAGUAUCUUCAUUUCUUCUUAAUGUGUUAGGAAUAGGCUGUCCAGCGGGAUGUGUUCGAUGAAAGAAUCACAUGCUCUCUUGGCUCGCAUAUUCGAACUUAUUACACGAAGUCGCUGAUUGAUGAAUACAUUCUUCCUUUCACUUUAA